UGUUUGUUUUAAGUGUGGAACGAUCCAUCGCAGAGCGCCGGGCUCGAUUGACACUGUCUGCUGAUCGGCUACUGCGGAUUGCUCAGAAUAACAAGGCUGCUCGCUAAUUCCCGUCUAUCGGGGCUUUCGGCGAAACAGCGAGAGUAGGGGUCCAUAAAAAGCUAACAAGGCAGGCAAGAACGCCGCGCCGCCGGAGUCCGUACCCCAGUAUGGCUUCAGGAGACCUUUACGAGGUGGAGCGGAUUGUGGACAAGAGGCGGAACAAGAAGGGUAAAUGGGAGUACCUGAUUAGGUGGAAGGGCUAUGGAAGUAAAGAGGACACCUGGGAGCCAGAGCACCAUCUACUGCACUGUGAGGAGUUCAUCGACCAGUUCAAUAGCUUGCGAUUGCACUCACACAAACGGCCCAAAAUUCCAAAAAAUCGCGGAGGGAGCCUUAUGACCAGCCACCCAUCUGCCACAGAAAUCUCCAAAGCUCGGUCUGAAGCCCGAAAGAAGAAAAGUACUUGUGGCCCAGCUGUAGGGGUUAGAGGCGGAACUGUUUUAGGGAUUGGAAGUGGAGGGUCAGGACCGGGACCCACUCAGAAACAAAGGAGAGUGGGUGUAGGACAUGGGAAGCAUGCUUUAGGGGACAGAAUGAGCAAAGCCAUGACCUACAAGGCUCCUCCUCACUUUGCUGCCCCAGUGAGGAACCCUCAUAACGGACUCCAGAAUGGAGAGAUGGAGCCGCUCGUGUACAGGCCGGCAGCAAGGUCACAUAGACUGUCCUCAGACAGAGUGGAGGGGGAUCUAGGAGACAUGGAUACCACUGGACAGAAAUUCACCAGUGAACUAGGCUCACCUCUGGCCAAUGGCAAGAUGCAUCUGCCCAGCUCAGUAAAGCGGAAGCUGGUUGAGGAGAAAGGCUAUGUGUUCGACAAGCGGCUCAGGUACAACGUGCGACAGAACGAGAGCAACUGUCGAUUCAGAGACAUUGUGGUCAGAAAGGAGGAGGGCUUCACGCAUGUCCUGCUAUCCAGCCAAACAACAGACAACAACGCUCUGACACCAGAGAUCAUGAAAGAAGUGUGUCGGGCUCUGGGUAAUGCAGCUGCUGAUGAUAGUAAAUUAUUAUUGCUCAGCUCUGUGGGGACUGUUUUCUGCAGCGGCCUGGAGCCGUCCUACCUGAUAGGGCGUCUAUCCACUGACCGUAGAAAAGAGAGCAGCCGCAUAGCAGAUGCUGUACGGGAGUUUGUGUUGGCAUUUAUCCACUUCAAGAAACCUAUCGUGGUGGCAAUAAAUGGGCCUGCUCUGGGCUUAGGGGCCUCCAUCCUGCCCCUGUGUGAUGUGGUGUGGGCCAGUGAGAGGGCCUGGUUCCAAACUCCAUGUGCAGCCCUCCACCUCACCCCAUCUGGCUGCUCUUCUUAUACCUUUCCUCAGAUCCUGGGUGUAGCUCUGGCCAAUGAGAUGCUGUUCUGUGGGAGAAAACUCACAGCGCAAGAAGCAUGCAGUCGAGGUCUGGUGUCACAGGUCUUUUGGCCAACCACAUUUAACCAAGAAGUGAUGCUACGUGUAAGAGAAAUGGCAUCCUGCAAUGCAGUGGUUUUAGAAGAGUCCAAAUGCCUGGUGAGGAGCAUCAUCUUGUCUGUUCUAGAGGAGGUGAAUGAGAAGGAGUGUCAGAUGCUGAAGCAGCUGUGGUGUUCAACCAAAGGACUAGAGGCACUCUUCAGUUAUCUGCAUAACAAAGCAUAUGAGAAGUGAUCAUCCACGGUUAUCUCAAACUGAAGGAAGUUGCAUUGAGGGCAUUUGUUUGAAUCCAUCAGCAGAGGGCAACCUGGAGUUGAGUUUGCUUGCUUCUCUACCAACAAUUCCUUCAUGAUCAUCUUUUGUAAAGCAACUUUUUUAUUGGACCCAUAACCGUCCAGAUGUUUAUUCUCUGUUUAAGAAGUUUAAGAGCAAAGGGCCAAAUGUGCAUUGCUGAAAUAAGCACUGAAGGAGGUUCUCGAGGGAGGUACAGAGUGUUUCUGUAUAAAUGUGAGACUUAAUCAUCAGGAUGUAUGCAAUCAAUGUAUGUCUGAUAGCACAUGAUAAAGUGAUGAUAAUAUAUAUUAAUAUAUAUUUAUUUAAAGUGUGUCAAAGAGUUGCUUUCUGUAUAUAAGAUGCAUUUUUCAGGAUUCCCUUUUAGUUGCUUAUUGUUUUGAUCUGAAGUGUAAACCAAAGUUUGCAUGAGGACAUGGUUUCUUCCUCCUUUUAAAAUGCACAUUCCAUUCUCUCUGUUUUGACUGAAGAAAAGUGUUAGAAAACUGCUCAUAAAUGUUAGCAAAUCAAAGCGGUUGUCUGCUCAAAGCAUGUUAUCUCAUGAGAUAACAUAAAAUGUCAUGAAAUACUGACACUUGUCAUUGUAACUGCAUCACACACUUCAUCGUUCAUAAUGCAAAAGUCAAUAUUAAAUAGAACAAACAUCUUGUUGCUCAGCAACAUCUUAAUCAUCUUCAUCAUCUCACUUAAGUACAUAAUCACCAAUAACAGGAUUAAAAUUGUCUGAUGAUAUACAUGAAAUAUCAUCCUCAUUCUGUCAACAUCCAUAUGUCUUU